AUGAAUCCGGAGAUGAAGUCCGUUAUCUUCCUCGUGGUUCUAUCUACUGUAAUGGCUGCUCAUCACCGCACACCCGACAAACACAUACCAGACCGGGAAGAGACUGAUCACAAACACGAACAUCAUAACAUUCCCGGAAAAGUACACAGGGAAAAGCAUCAUAACGACGACGAUCACUACGAUCACGACACACACGAUCACGACGAUCACGACGAUCACGACGACGAAGAUGACGAAGACGACGAAUACUACACACUCGACACACACGACGAUCACGACACACACGAUCACGACGAUCACGACGAUCACGACACACACGGCACACGCAGCAUACCAGGCAUGGAAGAGAAGUGCCCUGCUAUACCCAACGAACUUGAACCAGUUUCAACAGGGCUAGAGGUUAUAGGACUGCUGGAGAAGUGCCAGGACCUUUCUGACAAAUGUGACAAAUGUAAACACAAAUGCAGAGAUGAGGAUUAUCAUUGGGGAAAUGAGGAUGAGAAGUUCUCUCACUGGACGGAGAAAAACUGUGCCAAAACCUGCAAAAUUUGUGUUGUUCAUCAUCCUAAAGUAUCGGCCCUCAGGAAUAGUGAGAAUGUUUUGUGCUGGAAGAAACACGGCGGAUACGAUACCCAAAACGUUUACGACUCUGUUCCCUUCACCUCCAUGAACGAUUGCCGGGACAUGUGUUUUGCUGAUGAUGAAUGUGUGGGAGUACACACUACUCACUUUGACAGAGAGCCUAGAUAUUGCCAACUCGCCAACGGUGGACAUUUCAACGUUUCAAUGAGGAAUGCUUUUUUUUGGGGAGCUACUCGUAAGUGUUUGGAAGAGAAUCCCACCCCUGAUUGCACUGACCACUGGACUCAGGAUUUCUGCAUUGGUUACAGUAGAACCUGCACUAGCGACUGUCCAACUUGGAUACGGUUAAUGCGUAGUGUGUGUAGGAAAACAUGUGAGUUGUGUUCUGAAGAUGGAGAUAGAGAAGAUAAUGAGGGGGAUCACGAGGAGGAAGAUGGAGAGGGUGAUGGAGAGGAUCAGGAGGAGGGUGAUGGAGAGAGUGGUGGAGAGGGUGAUGGAGAUAAUGACGAGGAGGAAGAUGGAGAGAGUGAUGGAGAGGGUGAUGGAGAGGGUGAUGGAGAGGAUGGAGGCGAAACAGAAAGAAUCACGUGGCAGAUAAUCGAAGGGAGAAAAAUAGGGAAUAAUGCAAACUACGUCCUGGAAUCGAACUUGUCCCUGAAAAAAGCAAAGCAGGCAUGCGAAAACUUUGGAGAGGAGUGCGUCGGUUUGUCAUGCAAAAGAAAGAAAAGGGAGAAAUCGAAAUGUGAGGUCCUGAGUAACAUCGACAAACAAAAAAGUCAUGAAAAAUACGAUGUUUACAUCAAGGUCUUGAAGUGA